AUGGGGGACAAGCCAGUUUGGGAGCCGAUUGGAUCCAGCUUCAAUCAACAUUACUACCAGUUAUUUGAUAACGAUAGAACGCAACUAGGCACAAUUUACAUUGAUGCCUCAUGCCUUACGUGGGAAGUACAACAGUUCCAGGGGAAAGCUGUCAUUGUGGAGAAGUUGUCUAGCCUUCCCUUCCAGAAAAUCCAGAACAGCCUCACGGCGCAGGACCAUCAGCCCACGCCAGAUAGCUGCAUUAUCAGCAUGGUUGUGGGCCAGCUUAAGGCGGAUGAAGACCCCAUCAUAGGGUUCCACCAGAUGUUCCUACUAAAGAAUAUCAACGAUGGCUUUUGCACCAAUGACAUGUUCAGGUUUGCCCUGCGCAGCUUCGGCUGA